CCCCGCCGGCCCCCAGCACGGAGCGGAGGGGCUCUUCUAUUCGGCCGAGAUCGAGCUGCUCUGCGACCAGGCGUGGGGCAGCAUGCUGGAGGUGCCCGCCGGCUCCCGCCUCAACCUCACCGGCCUCGGCUACUUCUCCUGCCACUCGCACACCGUCAUGCAGGGAUACGCUUAUUUCUUCUUCCUCCGAAUGGAUGAGAAUUACAUCCUCCUGCCGCAUGGAGUCAACUUCCAGGAGGCAAUCUUCCCGGACACCCAGGAGAACAGAAGGAUGUUUGCCAGCCUUUUCCAGUUUUCUAACUGUUCACAGGCACAACAUGUCUUAAGUUUCUCCAGUGACUGGGAGAUUCAGGAGGACAACCGGCUCAUGUGCUCCUCAGUCCAGAGAGCCCUGUUUGAAGAGGAGGACAGAGUGAAGAAGCUGCAGCAGAAAGUGGCGACGCUGGAAAAGCGCAACAAGCAGCUGCGAGAUCGGGUGAAGAAAGUCAAGAGGUCUCUCCGGCAAGCCAGGAAAAACACCAGGCACAUGGAGCAGAUGAAUCGAAAGCUCAGUGAGAAACUUUCCUCUGCAGGCGGUCAAAUCCCCUACGUUAACUCUCUGAAGCAGGAGAACUCUCAUGCUACCUACCUUAAAGUAUAAUGCAAGGGUAAGUGCUCAGGCCAACAGCAAUGGUGAGUUUUGCCUGCAUUAGGUCAGGAUCUGGCUCUCACACCUUGUCUACACUGUGCUUCAAAUCUUGCAUGGAAAAUGAAUCCGAACUUGCUUUAAACACACUGCCAGAUUAAACAGAAAGACACGCUGUAUUUGGCUGGAUGUUGGAGAUGCAGCUGAAAGCCAUAUAUCCUCAGUGUCUUUGGUGGAUAUAGGGCCAGACAAUAAUCUGUGCUUCUCCUCCAUCACCAGUUUUAGGCUGUCUUUGAUGAAAGUGCUGGUUCAGCUACAUGGGCCACUACAGGCACUCGACACAGGAGCUGAUCUUGGAAAGAUCUGGUGCCAGGUUACCUCCACAUGGGUUGGGUGAACCAGGUCAGGAGGAUAUAUGAAGAGGGAUAUUGUAGGAAGGAUGCAGGUAUGAGUGAUCAUUGCUCUAUCAUGGUUGAUCUUUGCUCUGUCAUCACCUCUGAGCUCUCAACCUCCCUUAAACUUGAUUAAAGUCUGCAUCUAAUGUCAGAACAAAGACUAUAUUCAGACGUUAUCAGUUUGGACUCUUCAAAACAAAGUAUAGAUAUGCCCAAAUUCUUAAGACCAGUUCUAAAUAUAAUAAGUGAAAUACCUAGUAUUUCUUAUUUUCCCAUGAAGUGCCUCAAUGGUCUCAGUAACUGUCUCAGGUGCCUUCAUCAUUGCCCAGCCAAGAGAGUUUGAAACCACGUUUUGGAACUCUAUCUAGGACAUAAUCCACUUCUCACAAUCAGGAGUGGAUGUAGCCUUACUGUUAGUGGGUGCUGGAUCAGGCCCAGCAGACAAUUUCAGAUCCUGUUUUCAAGCAGGUUGAAUUUACAGUGUGGAUAAGACUUCAAGUUAUGUAAUCACUGUCUGAGGUAUAACGGAGGUUGCUGGGCAGCCCCACAUAGUCACACUUAGACACUGUAGAGACCACAUCAGUAUCUACAGGGCAUUAAAAAUUAAGGUAGUUUAUAUAUGUAUAUAUUUUAAAAUCCUACAGAAAAUAUUUUUAUUACACAUUUGAUAUAGUCUAAUUUCUUAAAAUAUGAAGUAAAUCCUGUUUCUUGGUGAUCUCAUUUAAAAAAUGCCAUCAUGUCCUUUAUUUGACAUUUACAAACUAACUUCUGCUCAAGCAGCUGCAC